AUGAGCUCCACCGACAUUGAAAAGGCCCACGGCUCUCCCUCCACCAACACUACCGAUCAUUUCGACCUCGACAAGACAGAAUCUACGAGCAGUUCCGAGGCGUCUGAUCUUGCGAAGCCUGUCCCAAGCCCAGCACCCCAGUCAAAAUGGCAACGAUGCCUUGCCGGUUUAACCAGUGGAGAAAAUGGAGGCAUUGUGCGCAUUCACCCCGAAGAGCGAGAGCCUGUCACAUCAUCAACCACGCUUCAUAUGUUUCUCAUGUGGUUCAGCAUGACACUAGCCACUAAUAACAUUGUUGUGGGCUCGAUGGGCACACUUGUGCUCGGGUUGAGCUUCAAGGACGCAGCUCUAUGUGGCAUUUUUGGGUGUUUAAUUGGCACAUCUGUGAUAGGCUAUAUCAGUACAUAUGGCCCAAAGAGUGGAAUCAGAACCUUGAUCACUGCUCGGUAUUCUAUGGGCUAUUACCCUAGCAAAUUCUGCUGCCUCCUCAACCUCUUCACCAAUAUCGGAUACAGCAUGGUUAACAGCGUGGUUGUGUCUGGAGGCCAUCUUUCGGUGUUGGUAGGCAUUACCAUUGUCGCAGUGAGCAGCUGGGCCAUGGCCCUAUUCGGCAUGAAGAUUUUCCAAUUAUACGAGCGAGUGGCUUGGCUGCCCCAGCUUCUAGUACUUUGUAUCAUGAUUGGCUCGGCAGGGCCUCACUUCAACUUCAGCGACGUGGUAUCCGACAAUCCACAGCACCUCGCCGCGAAACGGAUUACUUUCAUUUCCUUGACUUUUUCAAUUGGUCUUGCCUGGGCUCCACUCGCUUCCGACUACUAUGUGUACUACCCUUCAGAUCUCAAAAGCUGGCGGACCUUUCUGGUGACAAUGAUCGCUUCUCUGCAGGCCAUGUCCCUUACUCUGAUAAUGGGAAUUGGACUCGGAAGCAUUCUUGCCAGCUCAGCUUAUUAUGCUGAAAAGUAUGGCACCAGCCCGGGAGGCAUGUUGAUGACAGCGUACGACUCGCUUGGUGGAUUCGGGAAAUUCUGCGCCGUUAUCAAUGUUCUCUCCAUGGUUGCUAACAAUACCCCGGGUUCGUACUCCAUGGGUUUGAACUUACAAAUGCUCGGCGGUGCCUUUGGAAAGGUCCCGCGGCCAGUUUUCACAACCCUCGUUACCGUCAUAUAUGCGGCGUGUGCGAUGGGAGGCCGAGACUCGCUAUAUGAGGUCUUCCAGAGUUUCCUACCCUUGAUCGGAUACUGGACGAUAAUGUUCGUUGUCAUUGUCUUGGAAGAAGACGCCUUCUUCCGGCAAACUGGGGGUAUAUCUGGUCCGAUUGGGACUCUCCCCAUGGGACUCGCAGCAGGAGCAUCUUUUUUGAUCGGCUGGGCAGGUGCAGUUGUCGGCAUGUCCCAAACAUUCUAUACAGGCCCCAUUUCUGAAAUGGCUGGCGGCGGCGAGCUGGGUCUUUGGCUAGGUGCAGGCUUUACGGCGGUAUCAUUCCCACUGUUGCGAGUGCUGGAGCUCCGCUUCAUUGGCCGGUAA